CAAUCAAAAACCGCGUUCCCUGGCAACGUUGUUUUCCUCAUGUAGAAAAAAAAAUGAUUUUCAUUUUCGGGUCUUGAUUUAGUGUUUUUGAUCAACAUCAAGGCCGUAGCUUGCAAGAUAUUGUGUCAGGAUGGCUGGCAUUAUGCAAGGAUUAUUGGCAGAGGCCAAAACAAACAGGUUUUCUUCAAUAAAGGAAACAUUAUCAGAGGAUGAUGUUGCAUCAGUUUGGGAAAACUUGUCAAGUUAUAUUGAGAAACAGAUGUCAAAUCAGAAGGGUGUUCAGAUCCAGUCUUUGGGAACCUUCACAUUUACCCAGAAGAAGCUUGAUAUAGGAAAUAAUAAGUUUAUACUUAUCCAAAGACCAGUGUUCAACAUAUCUGAGAAACUUGCUCAAAGUCAAGGGUUGCAGUAUGUCAGACAUCAUGUUCCUGGUCAGAUUCCUAUUGUUCAGCUUAACUUUGCUGCCAUGUCAUUUGAGAGUCCAUACGAUCGUGACACGGUGGAGAGUUGUGUACGCGAAAUACUUGGUGCUGUUCAGAGAGCUAUCGGAUCUAAAAGAAAUGUUGAACUUAAUUUCAAUGGAAUAGGAAAGCUAUCAAUUCGUGAUUCUAGAGUUAAAAUGAAGUUUUAUAAGGAUUUUAUCAACCAGAUGGACGGAUCAGGAAAAUUACUGGAUUCCAUGCAAAAUCGACCAGGAACAGUAGAUUCAGUGAUGUCAGAAAGAUGCUUGUCAAGGGCUCAAAGUUCUAAUACAGUUAUUUUACCAAGGCCUGGUAAAAAAGGAAUAUCUAAUACAUCUAUAAUUAACCCUGGAUUAGCUCCCCUUGAAGAGCGCAAUGAAGAGGUAUGUGAGGGGAACAACUUGGAUGAUCUCCAGCCAAUGGACAUGGGGCAGCCUAUAUAUGAGCCUCCAGUAGAGAUUGAUGAUGGAAAUCUGCCCCCACCAGCGCCAAAUAUGAACACACAAGACGGAAUGGAAGGUGUAAAUACUGGUAUGUUUGAUGUGGAUACUGAAGCUGCUAUCAGAAACAUUGAUAUGCAAGGUGAGAGUGCAGAACUCGGUCAUGCUGGUCCUAUGGACACAACAAAGGCCUUAAAUUACAUGGACACGGAACCCAAACCAGCUGUAUCAUAUCGGUUUCUCCCUGAGUUGGGUGACAUGCCAGAUUAUCCCACCAAGAGAGGGUCAAUACCACCUAGUCGCACAGGCUCACGUAUGGCAGCCCCUAUGGCCAUGGCAACAGGGGUUAAUUUCCUAGAUGACCUAGUUCCGUCUGCACAGGCCCCAAGAUCAGCCCCUAGUCAAGCUAGUCAGAGACCUAGCCCCUUACAAGGAGAGUUUGGAUCCCUGGGACCAAGCGUUAUAGGUUUACAGAGGCAAAAUACCUUACAUAUGACAACAGGGCAUUGUUCAUGUUGGCCUUGUAGUAGAGACAGUUUAUUGAACAAACCCCACCCACCUGCACAGUUAAAUCCAUUACACCGAUCACUCAGUUUUGACCAGAUGAAACCAGGUGAGAAAGUGCUUACCCCACCAGGUUCAGCAUGUGGACACCCUAAUGCAGGUCAGGAGUUGUGUUACCUCUGUCAUCAACGUGCAAGGAGAAAUAUUCCCGUGUCAUUUGCAGAGGAACGUAAGAAGCGAGAAGAUGAGGAAGAUCGUUUGUUACAACAAUAUCAGUACAUGAAAGAUGCUGAAAACACACUUGAAGACCAGGAAAUGAUGAUGGCCAAGCGUCAAAAUCUUCAGAAAAUGGCUGCCUUCAAUCUUGGUGUGUCAGAAGCUUUACAUCACAAGAAACGUCAAAGAGAUAUUGACUUCCAGAAGUCGUAUAUAUUCCAAAGACGACCGCUGACACCUCCAAGGAUUAUCAAGCAGACUGAAUAUUCAGGAGAUCUUGCAAAACAGGUUGAACAUAAAGAUAAUGUGAAGAAAAAGAGGCAGUCAGAUGAAGAAUUCCUCGAGAGAUUGGAACAAGUUCAACUUGCAGAAGACUUGGCAGUACAGAGAGAACAGUUCUUGAAGGAGAAAGCAGAUGAACAGGAAAGAUACAAGAAAGCCCUUGAGACACAGAUACGUGUCCGAGAUCAGCUCACCAUGAAUCAUGAACUAGAUAACAGGCGCUAUGUUAAGUCCAGCAGCUGUUCCAAUGUGCGUCUUCCGUUCACACCGCAGGCUAAAACCUUGCGACCUUUCUCUCAGCUCAGUCCGACAAGAUUGAAUGAACACUGGAGAUCAUCAGUUGGCAGGUUGCGAUUCAAGCCACUACAAGUUCCAGCUCGAGAAUCCGACAAAGAGGUAUUUGGUAAGAACGAUAUGACCAAUGAGAAGAUGGCUGAACGUAGACGACGAGCAUACGACCUCUUCCAGGAACAGCAAGAUCUUGUUGCACAGAAGAAACGGGAAAAUAUCCUCAAACGAUUGGCUGAACAGAAAGAGGAGGAACAAGUCCUUGAGAGGACAAGAUAUGAGAUGUUGGAUGAUCGUGCCAAUAAGUUUUCAAGACGUCUCAAUGCGCGCAAGAGGCUAGAGGAGGACUGGGUUCGAGCUUCAUUGCUGAAGAAGGAUAGACUAGAAGAGGACCAUAUAAGAGCGCUGAGUCCGGGCAUUCUUCUUCAUGAACAGUGUGAUAAAUACAACAGAUGUUCUCAGUGUAAACGUUCAGUAAGGAAUUGCGGAGAAACAAAUCUGUGGAGCGAAUCAAGAUAUAUCCCAGGGUCAAGAUUAAUGGUGUAACAAGCUCUAUAAACAUUACUAUUACAGUUUACUAUUUCCAAUAUUUCCUGUCUUUUAAUAUUUUACAUGAUUCAUCAAAAAAUAAUAAGUCUUUUUUUUUUUCAAAGUUUUAUCUAUUUUAAUAUUUAUACUAUACAUUAUAUUAGUGUUUGACAUUUUUAUAUUAAAACUUGCACAAACAAGUCA